UGGAAGUCAUUCCUGUUCAUUAACUCAAUGCCCCCAGAAGUCUGCAACCUGUCUCUAGGCUGUUAAUGUGUUAAACUCCAUUUAUAAGGUGUUGUAAAUAUGAGCAGGGGUGGGAAGCUGGAACUUGGGAUCCUGCUGCGAUUCGCCGAACCCAUUCGAGAUUACACAGAAGUUUGUGUGUGUGUGUGUGUGUGUGUGUGUGUGUGUGUGUGUGUGUGUGUGUGUGUGUGUGUGUGUCUCUGUGUCUCUGUCUCUCUGUCUCUGUCUCUCUCUCUCUCUCUCUCUCUCUCUCUCUCUCUCUCUCUCUCUCUCUCUCUCUCUCCCCCCGCCGGCUCCAACUUCUUUCACGAACAUCCAGUGCCUUAAAAAUAACUAACCUGUGAGAUUACAAGGGAAUGAACUUAACGUGCAACAUUUACAGAAGCGUUUUCUGCAAUAUCUGUUCCCAAUGGCAAUGUCAAAGUCUAAGAUAGCAAUAGGACUUUCAGUGGUCGGACUUUUAACUGUGGUUUUGGGGACUAUCCUUGUGUUUGUGGGACCAGCAGUUAUCAAGGAUCAAAUAAUAAAGAAUGUGGAAAUCAAUCCCAAUAACAAACUGUCAUACACUAUGUGGAAAGACAUUCCUGUACCAUUUUUCAUGUCCAUAUAUUUUUUCAAUGUUCUAAACCCUGAAGAGGUAUUGGCAGGAGAGAAGCCCACAGUUGAGCAAAGAGGUCCAUACGUGUACAGAGAGAAGCGCUGGAAAGACAAUAUCACGUUCCAUGACAACAAAACAGUGUCUUAUCUUGAAUAUCGGCAGUAUUUCUUUGAGGAGAGCAUGUCUGUAGGCAAUGAGUCCGAUGUGGUCACCAUCCCAAACAUGCUGGUUCUGGGAGCAUCAGUGAUGAUGGACUAUUUACCCGUUGCAGUGAAGAAAAUGAUAAGUGCCACAUUCGAAGCUUUUAAGGAGGGUCCAUUUGUGACAAAAACUGUAGGCGAGCUUAUGUGGGGCUACAAUAGCAAGUUGGUGGACUUUCUUAACACAAUAUUUCCUGGCUUGAUGCCAUUUAAAGGGAAGUUUGGACUGUUUGUUGAGUUCAACAACUCCAACACUGGGUUGUUUACUAUCUUCACGGGUAAGGAUGACAUCACUGUAGUCCAUAAAGUGGAUUCCUGGAACGGUUUGAAGAAAGUAAACUACUGGAAAUCAGAGCAGUGCAACAUGAUCAAUGGUACAGCAGGUCAGAUGUGGCCACCUUUCAUGACCACAGAAUCCACUCUGCCAUUUUACAGUCCAGAUGCCUGCAGGUCAAUGGAGCUGGUGUUUGAGAGACCAGGAACUUCACAAGGAAUCCCUGUGUAUCAUUAUGUGGCUCCAAAAAAUCUCUUUGCCAAUGGCUCGGAUUAUCCUCCAAAUGAAGGCUUCUGUCCAUGCAGACAGUCAGGUCUUCUUGAUGUUAGGUCUUGCAGGCACAAUUCCCCUGUAUUCAUUUCCCAUCCACAUUUCUACAACGCUGAUCCUGUUCUUCUGCAGACUGUCAAUGGACUAAGCCCCAAUGAGAAUGACCAUGGACUCUUCAUUGACAUACAUCCAGAGACUGGAAUACCUAUGAAUGUGUCUAUUAAGCUGCAGCUUAAUCUGUUAAUAAAGAUGGUACAAGGAAUAAAACAAACUGGUAACAUAGCUGAAGUAGUGAUGCCCCUGAUUUGGUUUGGAGAGAGCGGCUACAUUGAUGGCCCCGUACUCAGAAUGUUCCGUAUGAACCUUGUAAUUUUACCUAUGGUGAUGGAUUAUAUGCAGUACAUCUUCAUUGGACUUGGACUGUGCUUUAUUAUAGGAGCAGUGGCACUGCAAGUUAGUAAGAAGAUAGACCAGAAACAAGGGUCAUUUGGAGUCACAGGAGACAAAGGGGGAAGCAAAGACACAAAUCCUGACCCAACUCACAAUGAAACAUACAAUGAAAAAGAUAAAGAUACAAAUUAGGAUUCCAAGCCUGUGCAGAUGUGAACCCAUGAUCCUUGGACAAUGGAAAAACACCACUGGUACACAACAUCAAGUAUAACAGAUCUUCAUCUGCUUUCACAGCACUGACUUCUUCUGUUCUAAUUCUAAGAAUCAUAGGAAACUGAUGGUGGUGUUUGAAUUUGAAGUAAAUGGUAAAAGCUCAACCAUGGACUUAUUCUUCAAUUUCUCCUCUAUCCUAAGUCUGUGUUUGGCUGUUGAAGAACUGUUUUUUUGUUUGUUUGUUUGUUUGUUUGUUUGUUUUUUACCAAGCUCAGUCUUCUUUAUUCUGGGAUUAUCUCUGUGUAAGAUUUCAGCAUUUCAGUUGACAUGGAUUUACAAAAGAGCUCUCUUCCUAUUUGUUAAAAGCACAAGAGUUUCCUAUUUUACUGUAAAAGAUGACUUGAUCAAUCAAGCUACCUCCAGUAAACUCAGCAGACUGUUCAGACUGAUCAUGUUGUAUGUUUCCUAACUAAUAGAACUUAUGGUUUUACCAUAGCAGAUGAUCAAAAAUCCCCCCCCCCCAUAAAACCUCCCAUAUAACUUGCAUUGACAGAAAGCUCAUAGCCAGAGGAUUCAAACUCUGUCUAAUCUCUCACACACACCUUUUGUGCACUAGACUUGAAGACCAUCUUCUCUCCUUCGCUCUCUGUCAUUGUAGUUAUGAGAUCUGGUUCUGUCCAUCUAUCUGUGUUUCUUUCUCACACUUUCACAUUCUAUCCAUAUAUCCAUUUAGUGACUCUGAUAUUUACACUUUUAAAAAAGUUCUUGUUCUCUUCAUAAUUUUUAACCUCACCACAGACCAUCAGUUAUGACCUUUCUUACUUAAUUCUCAGAAUUUCAGAAUUUUUGGAUCGUACCUUUGUACGGGACUGUAUAUUUGGAAGGUUAGUAUCUUAAUAUCAUUUAUUUUAUAAGGGAAAGACAAAACUUUUUUAAACCAAACUGCACAAAUUAUGUUUGCCUUUGUAGUGAAACUAAUACAGUACAUAAUUCUAUUAACAAUGCCUACUGUAUUACUAAUAGAAAAUAAAACCAGCAUAAAUCAUAAAGAAAUAAAAAAAGUUACAAUAA